AAAAAAAUCUAGCGAGAUAUUUAUAUCAAAUGGAUUGUCUGCCAACUUACUCAACUGCUUCAAAACAAGAGUCAACAUUUGUUGUUUCUUCGGAAAUUGCAAGGAUCUUAGCAUGUGAUCUUUCGGAAGCCGCUGUGAUUUGGGAGGAUUUGAAGAAAAGUCAGAAUGUGUUGGAGGUUCGGAAACGUUUGGAAGAGGCCGACGUUCUCUACCCAUCUGACGGCUUACAUACUGUUACUCGAAUCUUCCAACUUGUCCAAUCUCAACAGAUAUCUUUUACUUGCAUGAAUCUUUGAUCUGAUAUUAUAAUUGAAGAAUUCUAACUCGAAAUGGUCUUUGAUUAAAUAAAUGGCUCAUUUUUACGAAGAUU